AUGCCACGGUCCAUCGUCAGCGACCGCGGGAGCAACUGGCUAAGUAGGUUCUGGAAGAGGUUCUGCCGUCUUGCAGGUGUCACGCAGAAAUUGAGCACGGCCUAUCAUCCUCAGACGGACGGAGGGCCGGAGAGAAUGAACCAGGAGAUCGAGGCCUACCUGAGAGCCUACGUGUCGUACGUGCAGGACGACUGGGGAGAACUGCUCCCUGCCGCGCAGCUGGCACUCAACAAUCGUGAAUCCGCAGCGACCAAGAUCAGCCCCUUUUUCGCUGAGCAUGGUUACCACGUCGAUCCCAUCAGCGUCGAGGAAUCGGAAGAGCCACCGAGGCAUAGAGAGGAAAGCAGAGCUGAUAGCCUACUCAGUCGCCUGCAGGAGGUCAAUGAGUACAUGCAAGCAGUGAUGGCCUCCUCACAGCAACAACAAGAAGAGGCUGCCAACGCAAAGCGACAGCCUGCGGAGCGAUUUGAAGUUGGUGACAAGGUGUGGCUCUCGAUGGCAAACUACAGAUCGCCACGACCGUGCAAGAAGCUCGACUGGCUGCAUCACAAGUACACAGUCACGAAGGUAAUUAGUUCGCACGUUGUUGAGCUCGAUGUUCGUGGCUCAAUUUACCCGCGAUUUCAUGUUGACCUUUGCGGCGGGCGCAUCAAGAUCCGGCUCCUGGCCAAAAGGUAG